CUUGACUCCAGACCGCCAUCUGAGGGCGUAGCCCCCCAAAAAAAUACUCUUCUCGUCGCCAUGAACGGCGACGGACCAUCUUCCUCCACUCCAAGGGGUACCCCUUCGCACCGUGGAAAAUCUCCAAGCUUCGUCACCCCCAAUCCGCCUGGACCCACCAACAACAACGAUAGUCCAUCCACCCCCACUCCUCGUGGCACGCCUUCUCGUCGCGGAAAAUCAGCCACAACAGCCAUGACUUCCGUUUCUACACACACAGUUAAUAAACAACCGAAUUCCACCUUCUAUUCCUGCAUCAAUAUCCCAGUCGAAGGCGCAGUACCCGUUAAUCCAGAGGAAAACGAGGCUGGCCAGGACGAUUCUGGUUCCGUUAGUGACUCGUCGCGUGCCCCGCGAAAGUCCAAGACAGAUGCUCUGAAUGCGAUCAAGACUCGCUCGGCAUCAGUUGGUCUGGAGGAUGACGACGCUCCAGAGAAUGUGUGGGCGGAGAGAUAUAGAAAUGUGCCACCCUUGGUACCACAUUCACCUAUUCUGAACCUCUCUACUGUCAAGACAGCCAGUCCACGACCCGACUCCCUUCCCCCCAAGGAACCGCGUCCCUUUGGACUUGAAGACUGCCCAACAUUCUAUCCUACGACCGACGAGUUCAAGGACCCUAUGGCGUAUAUUCGCUCCAUUUCUGACCAAGCAAAUGCUCAUGGCAUCUGCAAAGUCGUCCCUCCUAGUGGUUGGAAAAUGCCUUUUGUCACCGAUACAGCGAAUUUUCGUUUCAAGACCCGGCUGCAACGUCUCAACUCUGUUGAAGCUUCUUCCCGCGCGAAGAUUAACUUUUUGGAACAACUUUAUGUCUGGCACCAACAGCAAGGAAACCCUCGUGUGUCGGUCCCCACCAUCAAUAAUAAGCCCCUCGACUUGUAUGCUCUGAGAAAGGAGGUUCGGAAGCUUGGUGGAUUCUACGCGGUGACCAAGAAGAAGCAGUGGUCUGAUCUUGGGAGGCUUCUCGGCUACUCCGGAAUCCCUGGACUUUCUACGCAGCUCAAGAACUCGUAUACUCGUGUUAUCUUGCCAUAUGAGGAGUACGAGGCCCGAAACGCGGCCAAGGCAUCGAGUCCCAAGAAGGCUACUAAUGGACAAGACAAGCGGUUUUCAUCGGUCAAGCCAGAGGAUCUCCCAGACAGCCCCUCAUCAACUCGCUCUAGUCCACUUUCCGAACCACCAGAGGAAGUUAAGCCCAACGGUGGAACGAAACCAUCUCGACCAAGAAGAAGUACCCGAAUGGGUGCCCAAAACGACCGUCGUGCAUCCCCUAUCCCUGCACCCAUCUGGGACGACACCAAGAAAUCGUCGGUGCAGCAAAAGGACAAGGAGGAUCAAGAGCAGAAUUGCGAGAUUUGUCAUAAGAAGAACCGAGGGGAAGAGAUGUUGUUAUGUGAUGGCUGCGAUUGUGGCUUCCACAUGUUUUGUCUCGAUCCGCCACUUGACAGCAUUCCGAAAGAACAAUGGUUUUGUUACACUUGUCUUGCUGGCACGGGCGGUGAUUACGGUUUCGAUGACGGCGACGAACAUAGUUUAGCCAGCUUCCAAGCACGCGAUGCAGAGUUCCGCCGUAUCUGGUUCGAACUACAUCCUCCGGAACGAAGUCCUGAUAUCAUCGAUGUGGACGACCCAACAACAAGUCGCAUCGGGCAAGUGAUGGUUUCCGAGAACGAUUUGGAAGCAGAAUUUUGGCGGUUGGUCAACACACAAGAAGAGACCGUCGAAGUCGAAUAUGGCGCCGAUGUCCAUUCCACGACCCAUGGCAGCGCAAUGCCGACUAUGGAAACUCAUCCGUUGGACCCAUAUUCCAAAGACCCAUGGAAUCUAAACAACAUCCCCAUUGUGUCUGAAUCACUUCUUCGCUUCAUCAAAUCCGACAUUUCAGGUAUGACUGUGCCCUGGACUUACGUGGGGAUGACGUUCUCGACCUUCUGUUGGCAUAACGAGGACCACUACACUUAUAGUAUCAAUUUCAUGCAUUGGGGUGAAACCAAGACGUGGUACGGUAUUCCCGGAGCCGAUGCGGAGAAGUUCGAGGCUGCCAUCAAGUCCGAGGCGCCGGAUCUCUUCCAAGCACAACCAGACCUGCUGUUCCAGCUAGUCACUCUCAUGAACCCUCAACGCGUGAGGGAUGCUGGCGUGCGAGUCUAUGCCUGCAAUCAACGUGCGGGUGAAUUUGUUGUUACUUGCCCGAAAUCCUAUCAUGCUGGAUUCAAUCAUGGUCUGAAUUUCAAUGAAGCUGUUAAUUUCGCGCUGCCAGAUUGGCUUCCCUUCGGUCGUGAAUGUGUGCAGCGCUACCGCGACCACAGAAAACUCCCUGUCUUCUCGCACGACGAGCUGCUCAUCACCAUUACUCAGCAAUCACAGUCAAUCAAGACCGCAAUCUGGUUGAUCGACAAUCUCCAAGAAAUGACCGACCGCGAAUUGGCAGAGCGGCAGACCGCGCGCGAACAGGGCAUGAAGGAGGUGUUGGAGGAGGAGGACCGUCCAGAAGACCAAUACCAGUGUUCCGUCUGCAAGGUCUUCUGCUAUCUCUCUCAAGUCACGUGCGCUUGCACGAGUGCAAUCACCUGCGUUGACCACGCUCAUCUGUUAUGUGAACGGUCCCUCGAUCACCUUGUUCUGCGAAAACGCUUCUCGGAUGAAGACCUUGUGGACACGCUCAACCAGGUUUCUGCCCGUGCAUCUAUUCCUGUUGCAUGGCACCAAAAACUCUCCAAGCUUUUGCGAGAGAGUCCACGACCAUUGUUACGAUCACUUCGAGCCCUUCACUCAGAGGGCGAGCGAAUCAAUUAUCCGCUCCCCCAACUUGCCUCUUUGCGUAAAUGUGUGGGCCGGGCAAACGAAUGGGUGGACUCAGCGAACUCAUAUCUCAUUCGAAAACAAAGCCGGAAGCGGGCGAGGAAAUCCCGUGGGCGUCCCGCUGUCAACGACUCCGCCAUGGAAGACCCAGGAGAUCGACCAGACAAGGGAUUGGAUGAACUUCACAAGCUAUUGCGCGAUGUCGAGAAUCUUGGUUUUGAUUCUCCUGAGAUUGCUUCCCUGAGAACGUUGGGGCAGACUGCGGAAGAGACCAAGUCACGAGCUGCUGCCCUCCUUAGUCAGGCCAACCAAAGCGAGGACCGCGAACAACUCCUCGAAGAUUGUCGACGAUUGAUUGCCGAUAGCUCGUCCCUGAAUGUUCUCAUUGAAGAGCUGGUAGAAAUUGAGAAGCUUGUUGAUCGGGAACAGUUAUUGCAGGAAUUGGAAGACAAGAACGAGGAUAGUUCAUCGUUACCCCUCGAUGAAGUCCGACAAGUGUUAGUGCGGGCUCGCGCUUGCGGGCUGUCUGCGGAGAACGAGCAAGUCAUACAACUGGAAGCGCGGUUGAAAACCGGCACGAGUUGGGAGGAUAAGGCCCGCAAUCUCCUUGCACAGCCCAUCAAGACAAUCCAAGAGCUCGAGCAAUUCUCUCAACUUGACGGCGAUGCUGUUACAAUCGACAAAAACAUCCUCGCCCAUUUGCGUAAUCUUUUGGCGAAAGCGAAAGAUUUCGAGAAGCAAGCGCUUGCCUGGCUGCAACUCGACCCUACGCUGGGUCUUCGGCCGAAGGUUCAUGAAGUCGUUCGAUUAGCCGUUAGGGCAGAAAAAGACUUCAGCAUUCCGGCUGUUGAGGGCAUUCGCAAAACAGCGGAUAUCGCACUGGACCUGGAAGCCCAGUGCGACUUGAUACUCAAGCACAAGUACGCCCCUGGCUCUGAUGAGGACAUCUUUCGGACGAUUCAAGGCUGGAAAGAGUAUGUCAAGAAUCAUCUCAGGUUUUUGACGCUUCCGUCUUGGUCUAAAUUGGAUGAACAAUACACACGCCAUCUACAGUGGACCAAAUCACUCCCUUGGUAUUGCCCCGCUCAUCAAGAGGCUGAAGUCCAGCCAAUUAUGGAAGACGUCAUCGAAGCAACUCGAGUCGAGGACCAGUUCGCGCCAAACGACGAAUAUUUCACGUGUAUCUGCGACCAACCGGUUCGCCCUCCUGCGCCUGGAGCCCAGUCUGAUGCCGUCCAAUGCGACCAUUGCUAUGCGCGAUUUCACGGCGACUGCGCCAACAAUGGCGGGUCAUGCCCCUUCUGCGACCAUCAUCACUGGAAUGGCUCUAUACAUAAAGAGCGAAGUUUUCACUAUUCAUUCCUUCCCGCCAUACUGGUCAGCGCUCCAGAUCUUUCGCGCAUCUAUUCGAACGAGUUUAAAGAGCUUCAGCUCAUUGUUCACCACGUAGACCAUCUGGUGCAAUCGGUUGGACAGUUCCUCUCCCAAAACUCGGACGCAAAACAUCUGCAGCCAGAAUACCUUCCCCAAGUUCGGCAUUACAUGCGUAAACUUUACAAACUCCAGUUUCCUGUCAGCACUACCCCUGAUGUUUCCUACGGGCUUGAUCUUUCCAACCUUCAUCGUGCUCUGGCUCAACGCAAGGGACCGGUGAGCGAGCGACACGCCCAGAAGCUUGCCGCUCGUCGGAAAGAGAAGGAGGACAAACUGGCUAAUAAGAAGCGCAGGCUACGUUUCGUGUUUGGCCAAGACGAGGAUGUGGACUGGCGAGACGGAACGAGGUGUAUAUGUCGUGGGCGAACACCAUAUCUGAUCAACUAUCCCAUGGUCAUGUGCACGCACUGCCACCACAAAUACCAUGCUCCCUGCGUUUUCUUCCCUGACCGACCUCACCAACCUGGCGCACCACCAAUGAAGAUGCCCACAUUCGACUGUCCUUUGUGUCUCGUUCGGAAAAACUUGCCAUACCCCCACGCCGAAGUCCGCAUUCGCCCACCACCCGCCAUGAAAAAGCCCUCUGAUGUCUAUAUAGACAUCGGGAAGAUGGUGGAGAACAAUACCAGAGACAUGAUCUUCAAGACCCAGAGCGCACCAGUUGAUCGCACUCUCUUCGUGGAGUUGAUUCGCGUUACUAAUUCUGAUUCGGGACAUCCUAAGCUUCCUCCCGAGACAAAAGAAGACCAACGUGUGGCGCGGAGUGUGUACAAACCUUCGAACCAACCAUAUCGACACCCGCAUGGCGAUGUUACUGCUCACUCUGCUAGUAUUUCAGCACCCCUAGCACGUCCGCCGCGCCAAAUUUCUUCGCGGAUGACCAGACCUUCGUCACCCCCUCCUCCUCCCUGGUCAUCAUCGUCCUUGUCGGCUCGGACUGGCACCGCCCAGGUGCCUAUUACGAUUCCAGACUCCCCUUCUCCCUCGAGCGCAAGUGCAGCCAAGAAACGCAAACUCGAUGAGUUGCAUUCGUUCCAGGAACCCGUCACUAUUUACCCCAAGCGCCGGGUCGUCGCUGACCCUGAGCCACCGCGGAAUGUCAGCACAAGCUAUCGCCCUGUCACUCCCCCGCCUCAUUCGACCGCCUCAGUGGAAAUAUCCCAGAAGCUGUCGCCUUCCCUCGCCAAGAUCGUCAUCUCUGGCAGUGCACCUCCGCCACGAGCGCAUCCGAUACCGGAUCCGCCCAGAAUACGAGGAUAG